AUGUUGCUACUCCAAACUUUACCCUCCGUUGAUGAAAAUAGAGAUUUCCUGGAAAAUGCCUCUGAGAAAGCGGAUCCUCUUCUCUCUGAUUGGCGUUGCAAGAUCUCCAAGUCGGCGCUGGAUGUGUUACGUUGGAUUAUCUCUUCAAACCGUUCAUGCAUAAUCGAAGAUGACAAUGAUAGUGACCGCGUGUCUGGGAUGGAAGCUUUCAUGCAGUUGCGAUUUGCCCAGGGCGCGCCUGACAAGGAACAGCGAUUCGUGCAAGCAGUUGUCGAGGCUAGCACCAUUUUUGCCUGGCAUGGGAGUUCCUUUGCAAACUGGCACGACAUCGUGCGCGAAGGCUUGCAUUUCAAGGAAAUCAGGCAUGGCCGUGUAUUCGGGAAUGGCGUCUACAUGAGCAGUUCGUUCGAUAUCGCAACCUAUUAUGCUAGAGCUAGGUUUGGAUCGUGGCCGCAGAGUAAACUAGAAAUAUCAUAUGCAGCAUCCAUGAACGAAGUUGUCAACGCUCCCAAGGAGUUCGUGAGCAAAUCUCCCCAUCUCGUUGUCGCGCGACUGGAUUGGCUACAGCCUCGUUAUUUAUUUGUCAAAUGCAAGGAACCCGAAUCCGCCAUGGGCGACGAUAAUGAUGAUGAUGCUGAUGAUGAUAAGGAGGAGGAGGAGGAGGAGGAGGCGGACAACCCUUUUCCCCAAUUUCCUUUAACAGAGGCCUCCGAUCCAAUAUAUCAUUUGCAGGAUCCUGAGUAUACUGCAAGGGGACAAUGGGGGAUUCCAAUCAAGAUUCCUACAACGGCAGUUAGCCAAAAAAUACUUCGAGACACUCCUGGAGAGGAGAAUGAGGCUCUGGAUUGCUUACCCACCGUGGAUGGCUACCUCAGCGACACCACUGCCAUUAAAGAUGCUGUCAUGCUCUCAGUAGAGGAACAACAAGAUGGCUACAAAAAUGGUAAAGACCCUAUCCGCUACACCCGUGACACCCCCACAAUACAACGACCGACAACCACAACAACCAGGACAGCAACGACACCAGAUCUCACCCCACCAGAAACAGACUUUGUUCCCGGCACCCUUGACUCCUCCACCCUCCCGCUCCUCACGAAACCCCAAAACGCGACAUCCUGGGCCACCAAAGGGCUCCUCCGCGAGCUCAAACGUGACUCAAGAAACCCAAAAGACCCGACAACCACACGAACUAGGCUGGUACGUCGACCCAAGCAUUACAAGCGCCAUCUAUCAAUGGAUUGUGGAAUUGCACUCCUUCGACCCGUCCCUCCCGCUAUCCGCGGAUCUCAAAGAAGCCGGUCUCAAAAUCCGUGGUGCUUGAACUCCGGUUCCCAGACGGUUACCCAAUCUCCCGCCAUCUUUGCGUCCAGUAUUGAGAGUGUGUUGUUGCAGGUGCGCAUGGCUAUUUCGAGCACGGAUCCGCAACCGGCUAGGUUGGAGCGGGGCCAGAGUAUCGAGGAUGGGACUGUAAGAGAUUAUGGCAUUUUUGAGGCUUCUGCUGCGUUCAUCCGUGCGUGUAGGGGGCAUGGGUAG